UUUGUCAUCUUAUAUAGCCUCUGUGCUAUAUAUGUAAUCAUAAGUUAGAGAAACAGAUUUUUGGCUUUUCCUCUCUUCCUCUCUGGUUGUGCUCUUCUUCAUGGCAUGUCUUCUAUAACAAACCCUAAAGAGAAACAAGAAACAGAGAAACCUCUAAAGUUUUCUUGAAAUUUUCUUGUGACACAAACCAAGAAAUAGUUUGUAUACAAAUCAACCAACAUUCAUUGUUUUCAAAAAGGGUCCCAAUAACCCCAUUGUAGUGAUAGCUUUGUUUUCAUCUCCCAACAUUAGCACCCACCCAAAAUUCUUGAUUAUCUUUUUUUUUUUUAACUUUCCCUUGAUAGAAACAUAUGUAACAAGUAGGAAUAAUUCCAAUACAGAGAAGAUCCACACAACACUUUUCUUUCUCUUUCUCUUCUUUUGUAUCUUCUCAUUAUAGUGUCUCAAUAUGAAGUUGCUUAGACUCAGGAAGAAGCAACGUUUGGUGUUUUUACUAUGCGUGUGGUGUUUGGUGGUGGAUUUGAACAAGGCAGAAACAGAGGAAAGUGAAGGAGGUCCUAUGGAGAAAACAGAGCAAACUGCUCUCUACUCUACAAUUCAAGGCUUUGUCGGUGACUCUUGGAAUGGCUCUUAUCUUUAUCCUGACCCUUGUGGCUGGACUCCUAUCCAGGGUGUGACUUGUGAUAUGUAUGAUGAUCAUUGGUAUGUAACUGCUCUAAGCUUUGGGACUGUUAAAGACAACUCUUUUGAUUGUGCUGAGGUUCCAGUGAUCAGACCACAACUCUUUGAGCUCAAGCAUCUCAAGUCCCUCUCUUUUUACAGCUGCUUCACAACACCCAACCGAUAUCUAGCUUCAAUCUCUGAUGAGAAGUGGUUGGAUCUCUCUAAAAGCUUGGAGAGACUUGAGAUCAGAUCAAACCUGGGAUUGAUAGGUGAACUCCCUUCUGUCAUCACUAAUCUCACCAACCUUCAAUCUCUGGUAGUGCUAGAGAACCAGUUAACAGGUCCAUUACCGGAGAAUUUGGCCAAGUUAACAAGACUGAGACGCUUAGUAUUGUCAGGAAACAAGUUCACAGGGAGAAUACCAGAGGUCUAUGGGUUAACCAAGUUGUUGAUAUUGGAUCUGAGCCGGAACCUCUUAUCUGGGCCGUUGCCUUUAAGCAUUGGAGGAUUGGGUUCACUGCUGAAACUUGAUCUCAGUAACAAUUACUUGGAAAGAAAGUUACCUAGAGAGCUACAGUCUUUAAAGAAUCUAACUCUUUUGGAUCUUAGAAACAACAGAUUCUCAGGUGGAUUGACUAAAGAGAUCCAAGAGAUGAGUUCUUUGGUAGAACUAGUUCUAUCCAAUAACCGCCUAACCGGGGACUUGACAGGAAUAGAAUGGAGACAUCUCAAGAAUUUGGUGGUUCUAGAUCUCUCCAACACAGGAUUAACAGGGGAGAUUCCUAGUUCAGUCUUGGAGCUCAAGAAACUGAGGUUUUUAGGUCUGAGCAACAACAGUCUUGGAGGCAAACUCAUUCCGCAAAUGGAAACCGAAAUGCCUAGUCUCAGCGCGCUGUACGUGAAUGGAAAUAACAUCACCGGAGAGUUGGAAUUCUCUAGGAAGUUUUAUGAGAGGAUGGGAAGGAGACUUGGUGUUUGGGGGAACCCUAAUUUGUGUUAUAACGGAGAUGAGAUCAAGAACCUUAGCGAUCAUGUUCCUUUUGGUGUGAACCAAUGUAAAAGUGUUAAGGCAGAUAAAUAUUAAGACAAAA